CUUCUAGAACCACUAGCUUUCGGCGCAUGCGCAGUGUUCGGUAUCCUUGGGGGCCGGUAAAUUGUACAAUCGCUGUGCUCUUAACCUGAGUUUUGUUAAGUUGAACUUACAAUUACGUUUUGGUGAUUUGUAUAGCCGUGGUAUUAACAGAAAACAUUAAACAUGUACUGUGCAAGAAUCAUCUCUGCUUCCCCAGCAAUGCUCCGUACCAUUCGUGCGAUGAGACCAGUAACUUGUGCAGCACUUAGACCAGAACUUUUAAGCAACACCGCAACCAGGGCUAUUCAAACCACCGCUGUACAGAAGGAUAUUGACUCCGCUGCCAAGUUCAUUGGGGCUGGAGCAGCCACUGUGGGUGUUGCAGGUUCAGGUGCCGGUAUUGGAACGGUUUUCGGCAGUUUAAUCAUCGGAUAUGCAAGAAACCCCUCCCUGAAACAACAGCUUUUCACAUACGCCAUCCUUGGUUUUGCGUUGUCUGAAGCUAUGGGUCUCUUCUGUCUUAUGGUUGCUUUCCUGAUCCUGUUUGCUCUAUAGAAGAAUAUAGCUCGACCAAAACUAUUCAAAUAUUAAUGUUUUACUGUUAAACCCGUGCUUUGUGAUCGCCAAAACUUCUUUUCACAUUCUGUUGCCAACGUUCAACUGAAUUUGCGAUUUAAUUUAUAAAAGUUGACACUCUACCCUUCUCUCUGCAAGUUCAAAUUAUUGGGUUCUAAAAUAAAAACGUUUAAAACAA